UUUUCUUCUUUUGUUUUUUCUCCCUCAACUUUUGUAUUAGUUCACUGCCUCUUGUAUGCCACCGAAUCCCUUCCUCUUGAGUUUUGUCGUUGACUCCACUGAGAGUUUCAUGGGUGCCAUUGAAAUUUACAACGCCUCCUCUCUCUGUUUGAUCAAGCGCAACACCGGUUCUGAACAAUUUGUUGCGCCUCAAUUGCACAGACCCAUUUGUUCAAUUGAAGGGAAACGCACAUGGGUCUUUGCUAUGACCUCCACUGUUCCUUCAGUACAACACGUCGAUGAGGGUCAGCAGCGCUUGACCGGUGACUCCUUCAUUCGACCCCAUUUGAGGAAGUUAUCUCCUUAUCAGCCCAUUUUGCCUUUCGAGGUAUUAUCAUCUCGUCUUGGAAGGAAGCCUGAGGAUAUCAUCAAAUUAGAUGCAAAUGAAAACCCCUAUGGUCCUCCCCCAGAGGUUUUCGAAGCUUUGGCCUUGAUGAAGUUUCCAUACGUCUAUCCAGACCCUGAAAGCCGCCGUUUGCGUGCUGCCCUUGCCCAAGAUUCAGAACUUGAAUCUGAGUAUAUUCUUGCAGGAUGUGGGGCGGAUGAGCUCAUUGAUUUGAUUAUGAGAUGUGUGCUUGAUCCUGGUGACAAGAUAGUGGACUGCCCUCCAACCUUUACAAUGUAUGAAUUUGAUGCUGCAGUAAAUGGUGCAUUUGUAAUAAAAGUUCCAAGGAAGGCAGAUUUUAGCUUGAAUGUAGAACAAAUAACAGAUGUUGUUGAACGGGAGAAACCCAAAUGCAUAUUUUUAACAUCUCCCAACAAUCCAGAUGGGAGUAUAAUUGAUGACGAAGUUCUCAUGAAAAUCCUUGAGCUUCCCAUAUUCGUUGUGCUGGAUGAAGCAUACAUUGAGUUUUCAGGAAUUGAGUCAAAGAUGAAAUGGGUGAAAAAGCAUGAGAAUUUAAUUGUUCUUCGAACAUUUAGCAAAAGGGCUGGUUUAGCUGGACUUCGUGUGGGAUAUGGAGCAUUUCCAUUGAGUAUUAUUGAGUAUCUUUGGAGAGCAAAGCAACCUCAUAAUGUUUCGGUUGCUGCUGAAGUUUCUGCUUGUGCAGCUUUGCAGAAUCCCUCAUAUCUUGAGAAAGUGAAAGAUGCUUUGGUACAAGAAAGGUUGAGGCUUUAUAAUUUUCUUAAGGAAGUGCCAUUUCUCAAUCCAUAUCCCAGCCAUUCUAAUUUCAUUCUUUGUGAGGUUGCAUCUGGAAUGGAUGCUAAGAAGCUAAAGGAGGACCUUGCAAAAAUGGGCGUAAUGAUCCGUCACUACAAUAACAAAGAACUGAAGGGUUAUGUUCGCAUGUCUGUUGGGAAGCCUGAGCACACAGAUGCCCUGAUGAACUGCCUUAGACUCCUGUCCUAGUCCUGAAACUGAGCAGGGUCAACAUUUUAGGGAGCAGAAUCUGAUUAAGAGGUCAAAUUCAAAUUGUACUUUAUGCUAAUUAAACCACAUUUUAAACAGUUAUAUGUUCUUUGUUUUGGAAUUAAAUGAUAUUUAUAUUUCAAAUUUGAUAUCUUCUUUUUCUUGUGGAAGGUGAAUGGUGCGUUCUUGUUUAAUCUAGACAGUUCUCUAUGGUUAAAAAAACCUUCUUUGCUAGAGAGACAGAGCGAAAGGCUCAAUUAUCUUUACAUUUGAAUUCCAAUUUUA